UCUAAACAAAAAGCGAAAUUUGUUUCUAUUACAAAUUCAAAGAAAGCUAAAUAAUUGGAAGGAAAUGGGGCACUGGACUACAAGAUUGCCCUUGAUUGGACUCUCUCUCCUUCUUCUCACAGACGUUUACGGUGACUUUGAACAGCCUCUGUCUCAUUGCUGUAAUCUCGGUGUCAAAUGGGGCGUGGAGAACUUGCAAUGCGCCGCCUUCCCCGCACCGGUGGUGGGCAUCCGUAACGAGCAACAAGCUAUCUGCCUUUCAGCCGUUCACAUUUGCUGCCUUCGCAAACACAGGGAGCGACAGUGCGAGCUCGGCAAACAGUCGGCCAGGGCGGAUCGGGAAUGUUCGGUCAACCGAGAUUUGGGCGGCGAAACACAUAAAGAUUGUUGCGAAGGUUGCAAAUUGGGUCUAGUAGCUGGAUCCAUGUCAAUGGGAUGCACUUUUAGAGCAUUCCAGUUCGGUGCUCCUUGGGACGACGCUUACCGCUCCUGUUGUCAACAAACGCUCCCACAGGUUUUCCCGGAUAAUCCUCUUCCUAACCUACGCGUUCCUAGCUCCACUCCCAGAGCUCAAAUACCACCAUUUCUACCACCUCCACCUACCCCAGCGCUGCCCAGCUAUCCGAUUGAUGAACAGAAUUCCAUUGAACGGAAUCAAAACUCCGCAGAAGACGAUGAAGACCUUUGCGCCCGCUUUCCUGGAGAAUUAUGUGCCCAUGUUUGCGUUCCUACUGGCGGUUCGUCCUAUCGCUGCGAGUGUCGUGAAGGAUUCCAGCUACUAGCCGAUGGCAAAUCUUGUCAGCAAGCCACGCAAUACGAUCGUUGUUCGAGCGAUAACCCUUGUUCGCAAAAGUGUACCGACACAGGAUUAGCAGUUGAAUGCUCCUGCCACUCCGGAUUCCAGCUGGCUUCCGACGAGAAGACCUGUACAGAUGUCGAUGAAUGUUUAAUCGGCGCCGACAAUUGCGACGUACUGUUACAAAUUUGUGUCAAUCAACCCGGGGGUUUCGCUUGCAUCGAACGGAAAGAUAGUCCUGUCAACACCGGAUCCCGACCAGCCGCAGCUUUACCCGAAAGCAGUAGCGAGGGGCGAGGCUGCCCGCGAGGUUUCAAGUUUAACCCCGAAUCAAGAGUUUGUGACGAUGUAAACGAGUGCGAGACACAGCCACCAGUUUGCCCAGCUCAAACAUCUUGCCAGAACACGAUCGGUUCUUAUAACUGCGCUCGCAGACCACAGCUCGAAGAAUGUCCACUCGGAUUCCGAUUCAACAACCAAAUCCAAACUUGCAUCGACAUUGACGAAUGCAAAGAAAAUCCCGCAACUUGUCCGAAAACGCGACCCGUUUGCAUAAAUCUCCAAGGAUCUUAUACCUGUCAAGCCCGAAACGAAAGUAGUUUACUUGGUCCAUCUGUCACUUGCCCGGCAGGAUACAAAUUCAACACGGCUCAACAGACGUGCGAAGAUGUGGACGAAUGCGCCGAGCGUCUCGAUACUUGCGUGCACGGAAUGGAAAUGUGCAUCAACGACCUGGGCCGCUAUCAUUGCGAGCCACUCAGCGCCGACGCCGCAUCCACCACGACCGGCCAGCGUCACCACGACGUCGAUGAUCAUCACCAGAUUCCCAACUAUGGCCAAUGCCCAACCGGUUACACCUACGAUGAGGACGAACAAGUCUGCAUCGAUCUGGACGAAUGUCUGAACGGACAGUUGGACGAUUUGAGCUUGUGCGACGACGACAAGCGUUGCGCAAACACGGAAGGAUCGUACGAAUGUGUCGAGGCCUGCGCGCCGGGAUACCAACCCGACGUCGCCGACGCCAUGAGCCCAUGUGUCGACAUGGACGAGUGCCUCAACAACAAUCACAAUUGCACCUUGGCAGAAAAAUGUGUCAACGUACCCGGAUCGUACCGAUGUGAACAACUGAGACCCGUUUUGCAAACGGUGAGUAUCCCGGCAACGACUACAACCGACUUCAACACGCGUCCGAUUCCCGUUUCACGUGUCACUUCAUCCACGACGACGACGACGACGACGACCACAACAACCACGACGAGACCGACGACAACAACAACUACUCCCACCACCACCACCACUACAACUGCUCCUCCAACAACACGAGCUGCACGCCAACAGCACAACUCAUCCGGUUCAUGCCCGUCAGGAUUCCGCAAAGAGGCGGGCGGUGGUCGCUGCAGAGAUAUAAACGAAUGUGAGGAAGGGACUCACCGUUGUGAACCAUCGAAAUCCGAUUGCGUCAACACCGCCGGUUCAUACCGAUGCAAACCGUUGACGCCUUGCCUGUCUGGAUUCCGCCGCAACACAUCAACCGGACGCUGUGAAGAUAUUGAAGAAUGCAUUGAAGGAUCGCACAACUGCACGACUCAGACCGAGUUGUGUGUCAAUAAUUACGGUUCGUUCGACUGUCGUCCCUAUCCAUUCUGUCCGGCAGGCCAUCGCUUCAGUGUACAAGAGCGUUUCUGUAAAGAUGUGGACGAGUGCGCCGAAGGGACUCACAACUGCUCUGGGACCUGCGUCAACGCCGUGGGAACGUUCCGCUGCGUGGAUCGUGAGCCCGUCAGCUGCGGACUGGGAUACCGAUACGACACAGAGAAACGAGAGUGUCAAGAUAUCGACGAGUGUGUCGAAGCCCGAGAUUAUUGCAACAAGGAGACGGAAGAAUGCGUCAACGAACGAGGAGGUUAUCGUUGCGUGCCUUUUAACGAGCUGCCAGCAACUUCAAGUUCAGUCGCACCCAAUCCUCUGACGACGACGACGACAUCAGCUCCACUUAGCACGAAUCGGCCACCACCCAGAACGCCCAGUUGCCCAAGAGGCUACAUCUUUAGUGAUGACAGCCGUCGUUGCAUUGAUGUUAACGAAUGCACAAAUGACCCGAAUCCUUGUCGAGGCAACCAAAAAUGUGAAAACACAGUGGGCAGCUACGUCUGCCGUUGCGCAGUCGGCUACCGUUUCAACACAGCCACUCAAUUCUGCGAAGAUAUUAACGAAUGCUUGCUGGACUACCACGACUGUUUGAGUUCGCAGAGGUGCGACAACACGAUCGGCAGUUACACCUGCUUCCGUACGGCCAGCUGUGGCACGGGCUACACCUACAACUCCCAAAAGGGCAGAUGCGAAGACGAUGACGAAUGCGAAUCGGGAGCAAACGACUGCUACAAUCUCGGCCCGCUCUAUCAGUGCCGCAACACGGAGGGCUCGUUCCGUUGCGAGCGCAAGAAAUGCAACGACCGCACAGACGGGCACACCUUGCUGGACGAGGAGACGGGCCGCUGUGUUCAACCUACACAAUGCGCUGCAGGCUUCGAACCAGCACCCAGAGGCCGAUGCAAUGAUAUUGACGAAUGCGCACGCGGAAGUCCCUGUCCACGUGGCCACCAAUGCACCAACACGAUCGGAUCCUUCACAUGCCUCAACACCCAAAAAUGUGAUCCCGGUUAUGAAAUGAACAGCGCAGGAACACAAUGUCAAGAUGUCGACGAGUGUGCCAAGGCAACUCACGACUGCAAGAGGAAUCAGUUGUGUCAAAAUCGCCCAGGCGGCUAUGUCUGCGUCUGUCAACCAGGCUACACCAUCGGAGCUAAUCGGGAGUGUGAAGAUAUUGAUGAAUGUACACGAUUCGCUGGGCAGAUUUGUUCGCCGAAUUCACAAUGCGCCAACACGCCCGGAUCUUACCGGUGCGACUGCAAGGAAGGAUUCCGCUCAGGAUCGGAUCCCCGUUCAUGCGUUGAUAUCGACGAAUGCGCCGAAACGGCCCGCCUGUGCCAACAGAAUUGUGCCAACACUUGGGGCUCCUACCAGUGCAGUUGUCAGUCGGGUUACACCCUGGCUGCCGAUAACAGGUCGUGUCACGAUGUCGACGAGUGCGAAUUGUACAAAGACCGUGGAGGUUUGUGCGUCGGUCUGUGCGUCAACGAGCCUGGCAGUUAUUCGUGCCAAUGUCCCGACGGAUAUCGUCUGGCUUCCGACAACCGCACUUGCCAAGAUAUCGACGAAUGCGUCAGACCGGGAGUGUGUCGUGCGGAAGAGACUUGUCUCAACACUCGAGGCGGUUACUAUUGCAACGCCAUCGUCUGCCCGCCCAACUACGUCCGUGACACCGAGCACCGCAACCGCUGCAAAAGAGUCAGUCUGGAGUGCCACAGCUGGGACACGGAAUGCCUGCGCAAGCCCGUCUCCUACUCGUACAACUUUUUGACGUUGCCAUCGAAAAUUCCGAUCCCCGCCCGCACCGGCCACCUGGACCUGUUUAGCAUGCGCGGUCCACUCUGGGCCUCGGCGACCGUUCAAUUCAAUUUGGAACUGAACGACGUCCGGGCUCCGACCGACCUGGUCGAUCGCAAACUCAAAGUCGACCGCAACGUCUUCAGUUUACGUCGGUCGACAUCGUCGCCCAAUCAGGCCAUCCUGGCCCUGACAAAGUCCAUCGUCGGACCACAAGAGAUUGAGCUCUUCCUCAACAUGGACAUGUACCAAAACGGCGUCUUCAGUGGCGUCGCCGUCGUCAAAAUUUUCAUCUACGUCACGCAAUACGAUUUCUAAAAAACAAGGGGCGGCCCAAUGAUGGUUACUUUCUUCAAUUAAGUUAAUCCCCAUGUAGAUUGUAUCCAAAGAAUCAUUUGUUAGCUCUUCUCUUUUGAUUGUUCUACUACUGGUAUGACCGACAUACGAUUUCUAUUCAAACAAAAUAAGGCCAUCGAAGAGAAAGUAAAAUAAUAAUAAUAAUAAUAAAAGAGGAUAUCGUUUU